UGUUGAAGUUGUGCGACACUGUUUCCAGGAAAGGCUAAGGAAAUACUGGAGGAUCACAGAUAGCAAUAUGUAUUGUGUCUUUCACACCAAAUAUCAGAUUAUGGAGGAUGACAUGAAAAUCAACCAGGAGAGGAAAAUUUGUUUAACCUACUCUGAAAAAGAUUUUCUCCACUCAACCUCAAGUGGGCAUGGUGAAGAGUUGGCCUCUUCUUUAGAUACUUUGCUGUUGAAGGAGUGGAUGGCUGCAAAAGCAGCUGGUGCCUUUAAUUAUUCUGUUGAAGGUGUAGAUACAAAGAUUCUUCCAGGCAGAUAUGGUAUUGUAGCACAGGUUAAUGUAAAUAGAAAAAUUUUAAGAAGGAAACCAGAUACAAUACUUGAGAUUGAGCAGCCUGUGGAUCCCAACAAGUUUAAUUUUAACAAGAUUCAGAGCAAAGAAGUAUUGAUUGAACUUAGAUUUUUGGUUUCCAAGCAAGAGGAUGGUGGUAUUAAGAAAGAGGAGGAAAAGGACAAAAAACCUUUAAAAGCAACUGUGAUCAUUAACAAUGCUCCCAUCUGCCAUACCCACUCCCUGCUGGUCCCCUUCUUGGAUGAGUGCUGGCCACAAGUGCUAAAUCAUCAGGGCCUUGCUACAGCUGUACAUGCCAUUCUCUUGUCCAAAUCCCCGGAUAUGAGGAUUGCCUUCAAUUCAUUGGGAGGAUAUGCAUCUGUCAACCACCUCCACUUCCAUCUCUUCUACUUUCCCUACACUCUCUACUCAGAAACAGCUGAAUGUGAGAGCCUGGCUGGACCUUGCUAUGUUUUCAAGAACCAUUUUGCUCCUGGCUUUGUCUUCCAACUGGAAAAUGGAGAUAUUGACAAACUCAUCAAGUCUGUGAUGAUCUUGGUUAAUGUAUUUCUGAAGGAGAAGGUGGCCCACAAUAUGUUCAUCACCAGAGGAGCCCCUGUAGAGUCUGUUAGCAGUUCUGAAGAUACAUAUAGUACAGUGAGAGUGAUGCUCUGGGCACGAGAUUUUAUGGCUGGAGCCAAGGAUGUGGACUUGUUGAACACUGCUGCUUGUGAACUGGCAGGCCAUGUUCCUGUUUAUUCACUAGAACACUGGGGUGCACUCUCAGAAGAAGAUGUGUUACCCCUCAUCACCUCAGUAUGUAAGGACAAGUAUGAGGCAGUGUUGCCUAAAGUCAUCAGUGUAUUCCAGUGAGAAAAUUAUGCUGAUAUGCUGACAUCUUCAAGCUUUCCUGCAUAUUGUAGACAGCUCUUCAUAUGUCAUAGGUCCUGAAACUCUUCAGAGACCAGAAGACCUAGACUCAGGUGCUCCACUGAUCUUUGAGGAUCUGACCAGCCACAAGAUCUUAAUUUCUCAAGGCACCAUAAUGCAAGUCAUUCUCCAUAUUGGAAGAGAAUUGUUAAUGCAUAAUGUCUUCAUGACACUGAAUUCCAUAUUAACUUUUUUUUUUUUUUUUAGUUCUGCAUUUUAUGUAUCAUCUGCAUCUGAGCCUUGGUGAAAGCAUUUUUGUUUACUGACACCCUAUAAUGGAAAAUUAAUUUUACAGGUAAUAAUUUAUCUGGUCUAAGAUCUAAUUUUCAAUCUGUAGAACACCACCUCUCCUCUUCUAAACCUUAUCUUCUUUUCCUCACUGAAACUCAGGUGUCUGAGGCAACUGACAGUAGCACCUUUACUGUUCCCUCCUACUCUCUCUAUCCUCAGUUUUGAUCCAAAGCUGGAUGUUGCGUUUAUGUGUGCAAUAACUUAACCUGCUCUCGUGCCCAUGCUCUUGAAUCUUCCGAGUUUUCCACCAUCUGGCUAUGACUACAGAGUCACUCUCAAACUAAAUUUAUCUGUGCACAGUGUAUACCUCUCAUUUAACUCCUCUGACUAUAAGAAUUCUUUGGCUACUUAACUUCCAAAGUGGAGCACAUUCUGACUCUCUUCCCUUUUGCAGAGAUCUCCAUUCUUGGAGACUUCAAUGUUCACCACCAGCUUUGGGUUUCCUCUCCCUUCACUGACCAUCCUGGUGAACUAGCCUUCAACUUUGUUAUCCUCCACAACCUAGAGCAAUUUCUGGUAAACUCUGGAACUCCCUGCCUGCUUCUGUAUUUCCACCUUCCUAUGACUUGAAUUCUUUCAAGAGGGAGGUUUCAAGACACUUACUUAUCCUUCAAUUUCCAACUACCGCUUUGGACCCUUUUCUGGGAUUGGCAUCUCAGUGGGCUUUUUUUUUUAUUGGAUUGUUGUUGCCCUUGGCCAGUGUCCCUCCUACAUAAAAAAAAAAAAAAUCUGAACAAACCUCAAGCAUGUCAAGGAAGAUUAUCACAAUACAGCAUAAGAAACAGAUUUUGAAAUCAUAGUUAUGUCAUAUUAAGCUCUAUAUUUGGUUUCGUCUUGGAAGGCAAGGUGAUGGAGUUGAUCUAGGUAUUAAUGCUUCAGGAAAGCUGUCAUUACUGAAGACAUAUUUCAGUAGGUUAAGUAGGGCUUUUUUACUCUCAUUUCUGAUUGAUACCCUUUUUGUUUUUGAGUUUCUUGAAAUAAACCAAAAUGUUUGACUGUACAACUGGCUUUCAACUCUUGGUCAUCACUUACUGGUAAAUCUAUAGGUUGUGUUACCUCUAAGCUUAUUUGAAAUUAUACACCAGAUACAAAUCUACCUUUAAUGCCACUCUAAAAAAAGAUUCCAAAAACUGAGUUUUACUUUCCUUUACUAGGCACUACGUUAUCAACUCACAGGAUCAUUCUUCAUACUCCCAUUCCUUUUCAAUCACAUACUGGUAAAUCUAUAGGUUGUGCUACCUCUAAGCUUAUUUGAAAUUAUACACCAGAUACAAAUCUACCUUUAAUACCACUCUAAAGAUUCCAAAA